GUUUCUCUCUGCUCGCCUCGGCCUCCAACUCCGGCCGUGGUGGCCACCGGAAGCGCGUCUCCCGGCCCCGGCUCAGCGGUCUGCGUUCUCCCUGCUCUCCCAAGCUAUGCGCCCCUGUCCUGUUCCCUGCGCGCGCUGUUCCUGCUCGCUUUGGCGUCCACGCCAUGAAGCCCUGCGCUCGUCGCGGCAGACUCCAGUCCUCCUCUGCCGAGCAGCUUGCCCAGCCUUCUUCUCCCUACACGCCGGAGCUCGCCCAGCCGACCGAAGCUCUAAGCUCCAGCCAUGGCGCGUCCUCGCUCCCUCUUCCCUGCUCGCCGGUUCUCCUUGCCGAGCUCCCCUACGUGCUGAGCUCUCUGCUGCGGCUUUCCUUUCCCCAAGCUCCUCCAGCCGCGCAGUCCAGCUGCUUCUUCCUCCUCCUGGCGUUCUUCCUGUGCCAUGCGCCCUGCCCAUCUCCCAGUUCCAGCUGCCGCAUGCGCAGCUGCUCCUUCUGCCCAGCCGCCCCGGAUCUUGCUCGGCCAUAGCAAGUUCCUCCCUUUCCUCUGCUCGCGGGCUGCUCCAGUCGGUCGCGCGUCCAGCUUGCCCAGUCUGCACGCCACGCUCCCUUGUCGUGGCUUUCUGCUUCCUCGUCGCUCGUAGCGUUCUGUUGUUCCUGCGCGUGCUGCCGCGAAGCUCCCUGUUCAGUUCGCCUCCGUCACGUUAUCGUGCUCGCGAAACUGCUCGCAGUCAAUAUCAAGUCCGUGACGCCCACGUUGGACACGGUAAAACGCUGUGUGUGCUGGUGUCCGAACUCGCCCUGGUCAUGGCGUUUGGUACCGUGCCGUGCUGUUUCUCUACGCACGUCCUCCUGUUAGCUGUCGCGACUGCCGUCAAAUCAUCGGAGUCGUUCAACUUGCCGAUCACAUCUUGGUCGGUCGUCGAUUUCCUAUUCGUCAUGGUACAACACUGUUAUUAAAUCCGGUCUCCAACCCGCCAUGGCGUUUGUCAUCCUCUAGUCCCAGUUCGACCCAUCCGUGUGUUUGCUCUUCAUCCCUCGGGCUUCACGCGUGCUCGCAUUUGUCAUCGAGCUGUUGAACCCGUCCUUCCUUGCUCGUGACUUCAUCGUCGCCAGAGCCCUCACUAAAUUUGUGUCCUCGCUAGCUCGCUCCAUAUUCAAUCUCGUCGUCGUUCCGUGCGUCAGCAAGAAAUCUCAAGAAUCGGGUGAAGACGAGGCUAGCAGCAUGGUGUUCACCAAGUGAGCGACAAAAAGCUCGGACAUCCUGCGCAACUCAAGUUCGGUUCGUCAAAAUUAUUCAAUCGAGGAAAAGAUCUUCAGAAAUUGAUUACCGAAGAAAAGAAGGCCCCUGGAUGACGUCAACCGGAACCCAUAGUCGUGCUUGCGACUAACGCGUCGAAUUAGUCAGGGUAAGUAAAUUUGUUACUCGUGUUAGUGGAUUGGUGGAUGGUUUGACUAGGUUUAAUAUUUAUUAGAUUGCCUGAGUCGUUUU